ACAAAACCAAUUAAUAUGGCUCAACUAGUUGGUUCUGAAGAAAUAGAGUCCCUGAGAAUUGAGCUGUCAGAUAUAGGAAGAAGUUUAAGAUCAUCUUUCCGUCUUCAUACAUCUAGUUUGCAUUCUAAUUCAGAAAUACGUUCUGUUAACAAUCAUGAUGAGACAGACGAGUAUCUUCUACAGUGGGCUGCAAUCGAUAGAUUGCCAACAUUUGAACGUUUGAGGUCAUCGUUGUUUGAUGAAGAAAAUGGACAUGUUAAAGGAAAGAAGGUGGUUGAUGUCACAAAACUCCUUGCUCCUGAGCGACACAUGUUUAUUGAGAAGCUCAUCAAACACAUCGAGAAUGACAACCUUCAGUUGUUGCAGAAACUUAGGAAACGAACAGACAAAGUUGGUGUGCAAUUACCCACUGUGGAGGUGAGAUAUAAGAAUCUUCGUGUGGAAGCUGAGUGUGAAGUCGUCCAUGGCAAACCCCUCCCAACUCUCUGGAACUCUUUGCGAAGUAUGCUUUCUGACAUUGUCAUGAUACCUGGUUUGAAGUCUAAAAGGGCUAAGAUAACCAUCAUAAAAGACGUCAGUGGUGUCAUUAAGCCAGGAAGGAUGACUCUGCUGCUUGGUCCUCCAGGAUGUGGGAAAACCUCUUUGUUGAAAACACUUUCAGGGAACCUAAACAGAUCUCUCAAGAUUACUGGUGAAAUUUCUUACAAUGGAUACAAACUAGAAGAAAUUGUCCCUCAGAAAACGGCUGCCUAUAUAAGCCAAGAGGAUAUGCAUAUCCCGGAGAUGACUGUAAGGGAAACACUAGAUUUCUCAUCUCGUUGUCAGGGUACCGGAAGCCGUGCAGAGAUUAUGAUUGAGGUUAACAAGAGGGAGAAAGAAGGGGGGAUUAUUCCAGAUCCAGAUGUAGACACUUUUAUGAAGGCAAUUUCCAUCGAGGGACAAAAGAAAACUCUUCAGACAAACUACAUCCUGAAGAUUCUUGGCCUUGAUAUAUGUGCUGAUACAAUGUUUGGAGAUGCCAUGAGGAGAGGAAUCUCUGGUGGUCAGAAGAAAAGAUUGACUACUGGUGAGAUGAUUGUUGGUCCCACAAAAGCUUUAUUUAUGGACGAAAUAUCAAAUGGCCUAGACAGCUCCACUACGUAUCAGAUAAUCACUUGUCUUCAGCAUUUGGCACAUAUAACAGAUGCUUCUGUACUCAUUUCACUUCUUCAGCCAUCACCAGAAGCAUUUGAUCUCUUUGAUGAUAUUAUGUUGAUGGCGGAAGGGAUGAUCGUGUAUCAUGGACCUCGCAGUAGUGUUUUAGAGUAUUUUGAGGGUAUUGGUUUUAGGUGUCCUGAGAGAAAAGGUGUAGCUGACUUUCUCCAAGAGGUUGUCUCAAGAAAAGAUCAGGCAAAGUAUUGGUGUCAAACUGAACAAGCAUAUAAUUAUGUCUCAGUACAGACCUUAUCCAUGAGAUUUAAGGAAUCUUAUUUGGGAAAAGAAGUAAAUGAGGUAAUUUCCAAGCCUUUCACGAGAUUGCAGAGCCAUGAGAAUGCCAUUUCCUUCCAUGUGUAUUCUCUAUCUAAAUGGGCUCUUUUUAGAGCUUGCAUGUCUAGGGAAAUUCUUCUCAUGAAGAGAAAUUCUUUUAUCUACAUCUUCAAAUUAGUCCAGCUCCUCAUAAUUGCAUUAAUCACAAUGACUGUAUUUUUCCGAACAAGAUUGAAGGUUGAUGUACUUGAUGCGAAUUAUUAUCUCGGUUCACUUUUCUAUGCACUUGUGAUUCUUCUAGUUGAUGGGUUCCCAGAAUUGUCUAUGACAGUGGCAAGACUUUCAGUUUUCUAUAAACAGAGGGACAUGUACUUCUACCCUGCUUGGGCAUAUGCAAUUCCUGCAUCCAUCCUUAAGAUUCCCCUGUCAAUGCUCGAAGCCAUUCUUUGGACGUGUCUCACUUAUUAUGUUAUCGGAUACAGCCCUGAACCAGAAAGGUUCUUCCGCCAGCUAGUGCUAUUAUUUGCGAUCCACUUCACAUCAAUAUCCAUGUUCCGAUUCCUUGCAUCAUUCUUUCAAACGGUGGUUGCGUGUACAACUGCUGGUAGUAUCUCAAUAUUGUUUCUGUUGUGUUUUGGUGGCUUCAUUUUACCACACACUUCAAUGCCAGCUUGGUUAAAGUGGGGAUUUUGGCUUUCUCCACUGUCAUAUGGUGAAAUAGGCCUUGCAGUGAAUGAAUUCCUUUCUCCCAGAUGGAACAAGAUGACGUCUACAAACACAACCAUAGGGGUACAAACACUUCAAAGCCGUGGGUUAGACUUUGAUGGAUACUAUUUCUGGAUAUCACUUGGUGCCUUGUUAGGUUUUGCACUGUUACUCAACAUAGGCUUCAUCUUGGCUUUAAGCUACUUGAAGGCUCCUGGUACUCGUGCCAUUAUUUCAAAGGAAAAGCUAUCUCAAGCUCAUGGAAGUGAAGGAUCUAAACACCACACUCACAUGGAUAAAACGACCAACAUGUCCAAUACUUCUGUCUCAGAGGAGCCUACAGAAGAUACUUAUUCAUCCUCUUAUCUUGCAGGAAAAAUGGUGUUACCUUUUGAACCACUAACGAUUACCUUUCAAGAUAUACAUUAUCAUGUUGAGCCCUCACAGGAAAUGAGAGAGCAUGGGUUCAUUGGAAAGAGACUUCAGUUACUUAGCGAUAUCACAGGGGCUUUUAGACCUGGUGUUCUUACAGCACUGAUGGGUGUAAGUGGUGCUGGUAAAACAACACUUCUUGAUGUUCUUGCUGGAAGGAAAACCAGUGGCAUUGUUGAAGGAGAGAUCAAAAUCGGAGGGUAUCCUAAAGUCCAAGAUACCUUUGCUAGGAUUUCAGGUUACUGUGAGCAAACUGAUGUACACUCUCCCCAAAUUACAGUUGAAGAAUCAGUGAUAUUCUCUGCUUGGCUCCGUCUGCAUCCUGAAAUUGAUUCACAAACUAAAUAUAAAUUCAUAGAAGAAAUCCUGGAAACAGUUGAGCUUUAUGCGAUAAAAGAUGCCUUGGUUGGCAUUCCUGGGGUUAGUGGUCUAUCAACAGAGCAGCGUAAGCGACUUACGAUUGCUGUGGAAGUUGUCGCUAAUCCCUCCAUUAUUUUCAUGGAUGAACCUACGACGGGACUGGAUGCUAGAUCAGCUGCCAUUGUCAUGCGGGCUGUGAAGAACAUUGUUGAUACAGGAAGAACAAUUGUCUGUACCAUUCACCAACCAAGCAUUGACAUUUUCGAGGCCUUUGAUGAGUUAAUCCUCUUGAAAAAUGGCGGACGUAUGAUCUACUGUGGCCCAUUGGGUCACCAUUCAAGUAGGGUCAUUGAAUACUUUGAGAGUAUCUCUGGGGUGCCCAAGAUUAGAGACAACUAUAACCCAGCAACAUGGAUGUUAGAGGUAUCUUCAGCAUCAGUGGAAGCUGAACUUGGAGUUGAUUUUGCACGAAUAUAUUCUACUUCAACUUUGUACAAGAGCAAUAAAGACCUUGUAAACACAUUAAGUAAGCCGCCUCCUGGUUCAGAAGAGUUAUAUUUUCCAACGCGUUUCCCACAAAAUGGUUGGGGCCAGUUCAAGGCCUGCCUAUGGAAACAACACUUGUCAUAUUGGAGAAGUCCUUCAUACAACCUGAUGCGUUCUCUGCAUAUGCUUUUUGCAUCGUUUACUUUCGGGUUACUCUUCUGGGACCAAGGGAGGAAAAUACAUAACCAGCAGAGUUUAUUCAAUAUCCUUGGUUCAAUGUUUGCUGCUGUAAUUUUCUGUGGCAUAAACAACUCCUCUUCAGUUCUGCCAUAUGUUUCUGUGGAACGAACUGUUCUGUAUCGAGAAAGGUUUUCUGGGAUGUAUGCAUCGUGGGCUUAUGCUCUUGCACAGGUGACAAUCGAGUUCCCCUAUCUCUUUGCGCAGUCACUUGCAUUCGUCUGCAUCACGUAUCCCAUGAUUGGAUAUUAUUGGUCAGCCUAUAAGGUUUUUGUGUACUUCUAUGCAUUCAUGUGCACAUUGAUGUACUUCACCUAUUUGGGCAUGCUGCUUGUUUCAAUCACACCAAGCUUUCCAGUGGCUGCCAUUCUACAGUCUGCAUUUUACACGAUGUUUAACUUGUUUGGUGGAUUUUUAAUUCCUAAACCGAAAAUUCCAGGUUGGUGGAUAUGGAUGUACUAUCUGACUCCUACUUCAUGGUCGCUUAACGCAAUGCUUACUUCUCAGUUUGGUGAUGUGAAGAAGGAGAUCGAAGUUUUUGGGGAAACUAAAUCUGUGGAAGCCUUCUUAAGAGAUUACUUUGGAUUUCAUCACGAUCAGUUACCACUGGCGUAUGUGCUUCUUGCACUUUAUCCCAUUAUUCUUGCUUCUCUAUUUGCUUACUGUAUAUCGAAACUCAACUUCCAGAGAAGGUAAGUUUUGCAUGCAAACAUAUGCAUAUCAUUGUAAAUUAUCAGUAAGAAGUAUGUGAAUUUAGAUUGUAACAAAGUGAAUAAAGUUCCCAGUUCUAUCUUCA